AUGGCUGCUCCGCCUCCCAGGCCGUACAGGCGAAUUUUGACUUCGGCCUUACACCGAAGAUUUGUCCAUGCCUCGGCUAUGACCCUGCUUAUGGACUAUAUUGUCGCUUUUGUCAUUGGAACAAAGACAUCAUUAUUCUGGUCAUGGUUCCCUCUCGGAGCCUGUGGCAUACGUGCUCUCCUCCUUUUUAUCUCUACGUUGGCCGUAUUUUUCAUUCGGGUUGCUCAAAUGCACACUGGUCCUCGAACUACGGCUUCCCCGAUAUCUGCCUUGCGCUACACAUUCCCGCUGCAUGCUUUGCAAACCCUAGGGUGGUACCUCUUCUCAGCGUGGUGGUUCAGUGAAAUUUACCUGUGGUCGGCUCCAGCCGAAGCUGAUUUAGGAUGGGUUAAGACAGGCGGACUCAAUAGCCGAACGACUCUUAACGAAAGGUCGAUAUACCUUCACACGUACCAUAUGAUGCUGGCAAUUUCUCAAGCCGCCAUUCACUUGUAUUGCGAUUAUGAUCAUCUUCCUAUCCCGGUAGUCAAACGCAGUCCCGAGUCAAAGGAUCAGUCCACGCACCCCGUACAGCCGGUCAUGAAGAGAAUACGGGGCAGCGUAAUUGGAAUCAUGAUUGACGCUCUAAGAAAAGGAUUGGUUGUCACCUUAGCCAGCCCGUUUAUCUACGUUCUUUUUCUGCGACGCUCGGCAUGGAGCUUUUCUCUCUACUUUGCGAAACUGUUUUGGAACUUCUCCAGAACAGCAGCAGAUCCCCCAGGGACGGUGCCUCCGGCAUUCUAUACACUUUUUAUUCGUCAGAUAAUUUCAGGAGGUUGCCUUGUCUUCCUGUGGCAGAUGGCGAACUUGUUUUUCACGGUGUUCAUCGCUCAAGGACCUAUAAAGAGAGGACAGCCGCUCACUAUUGAUUCGAAGGACCCCAAUGGAAGCUUGAUCAAUGGACUGAAAGCCAAGAAAGAUAUCGUCAAAAGUUACGCUUUUUGGGAGCUCUGCUUCAUAAGCCAGCGUUUCGCUGACCGCCGCAAAGUAAUCUUUAAUGACAUUGAGCGUGACGGCGGGCCUGCCUGGAAGCAAAUGCUAGAGGUGUCAGUUGAAAACAUCAAUGGCAUUACUAGUCGAAUCAACCAUUACAAAAAUCCAGUGUUACCGACAGCGGCUAAAGACCCAAGCAUCACAUACCCUCAAAUCCAAUCUCUACCCCAAUUGACUGAGGCGCCGAAGCAGGAUAAUAUAUUUGCUCCUUCGCCUAAGGCAAAUGGGUUUGGGCAAUCUUUUGGAGCGACAGCGAAGUCUUUUGGGCAAUCGCCUGACUGGACUCCGGUCGCAAGAGCCAGAGCCAAAGACGCAUUCAGCCAAGCAUCCAAUGCGAUCUUCAGUCCAGAACGAAAGAAAAGACUUCUAGGGGGAACUGAUGAAGUAAAAAUGCUCACUGGACCGCAGGCAACAUCAAAAUCAUCUUUCAAUUUAUCUUCAAUUCCAUUCGUCGCACAAUUUCUGCGGUCCCCAAUUGGCACACCUUUCAGACAAACAUAUGCCCAACGUCUGCGAGGCAUUGUCUUUGGCGAGCCCCACGGUCAAGUUGCAUGUAUUGUUGAUGCAAUCGAAUCCGUAACCCGCCUCCUAAUUGCCAGUUUAGAAGAAGAUAGGCUUGGCCAGGUUCAAACCGAUGUACCAGGAGUUGUCCGUCUCUUCACCGAAACCAUCCUAACACUGGAAGAUUUCGUCCAGAACGGACUCGGUAUUCACUGGAGCGAUGUUACUUUUCCGUCACCCAAUAAUAGUGACCCCGAUGCCCAGAAGAGGGCUAAGUAUGUCCCUGAGGUUGACAUUGUUUUGACCUUGCUCAGGACCUCUCUUUCCGAUCUGCUCGCUUCCUUUGAAAGAUACAGUCGCGGCAUAAGGUUACAAGCGAAAGAUAUUAGACUUGCAAAAGCAGCGGCGGGAUUGUUAGACAAGGGAGAUGAUGACCAUGAUGACCGUGAUGAUCCAUUCACAUCAAAGCAUUGA